AGUGCACUCAAACUUUCUUCUUCUUGUGCCAGAGAGCAAAACAGGCGGCGGGACGCCCAAGCAACACCACCUCCUGCUACCAUCUUCAAAAAAAAAAACACACACGAAAAAACAACAGCACCAAAGCACUGAUAUACUUUAGAUCGCAAUGAACGUCACACUGCGCGCGAAGCGGGUCCCCGUCAACCCGGCGGCGGCGGAGAGCGAGUUCCACCAGAUCCGCACGCAGGAGCAGCUGCGUUCGAACGCGCUGGUAACGCUGGGGGCCUCGGAGGACCAGGUGGCACCUUCUUACUUCACCUCCUCGCUCCAGGAGAUGGCCGCACAGCGACUUGCCGACGACUUUGCCGAUAACUGCGAGGUGGACGGACUUCGCGAGGAGCAGCCCGACCUCUACGCGAUGGUGCUUGAGCGCCUGCCAACGGACCCGGCGACAAUGCUGCCCCUGCGCAUCACCGUCCCCCGCAUUAUGGACGAGCGGUACUGGCAGCGGUGUUGCGAGGCGCGGUGGCCGCUCGGGCAGCUGUCUCGCAUGGUGGCAGGGGAGAAGCUGCUGGGCAAAGAGUACGGGUGGAAGCGACUUUUCUUAGAGCGUGUCCUCUGCGACUUUCUCAUGUCUCUCGGCAGCACGAGCGCGGACAAGGAGGGAGGCCUGCUGCCUGCCACGGCGCUGACGGCGCCCGGUGCGGUGCGUUACGCAGGGCCGGCGGCGUUGGGCGCUGCUGUAACAUGCACGGCGUACGACGCCGACGCCACCCGCUUCGACCUCAUUCGCGACGACGCUGCCGUGACCGCCUUGCGCGAGUUGUGUGCGAUCUGCCGCGACUACGUGCACACCGUCGACCUGCCUUGCCAGCUCGUGCACUUCCGCUUUCACGAGCACCUCUUUGCCCACGUGCCGGGCAUUCUCUCGUUCCGUCUCACCUACGGCGUGGCGAAGCGCGGGGUGCGGGUUGGGGUGUCGGACAUGAUCGGUUUCCGCGACGACGACGCUGCCGGGAUGCGGCAGCUGCUGCGGCACUACAGCUCCCUUGAACGUCUGCGCCUGCCGCUGAAUCGGCUACAGGAUCGACAUGUGCAGAUGAUCGCCGCCGGCCUCGUCCACUCCACCACGCUGCGGGUGCUGGACCUGUCGCAGAACGCGCUGACCGAUGUGGCGGUGGCGGGGGCGGUGGCGGUGCUGCUCUCCCGCCCCGACUUCCCGCUGGAGGAGCUGUACCUGCAGGACAACAGGCUCGGGAACGGUGCCGCGUCGGCACUGGCAGAGGCACUGCAACUGAACAAAACAUUGCGUAUUUUGAGCCUCCAACAGAACUGUAUAGGCGACGCAGAGGGUGGUGCGCUGCUGGUGCAGGCCCUGUCCGUGCAACCCACCUUGGUCGAUGUGAAUUUGUCCAAUAACAGGCUAGGCAAGAGCACCCUGAGCGCGCUCGCGAGUGUCCUGCCACGACUCAGCAGACUGAGUGUGUUGCGUGUGGCAGGGAACUCGUUGCUGGCCGGCGCCAAGAUUCCUUCCUCUGGCCCCGGCACACCGGUUUCUGCAGAAGGUUCUACGACUGCUGUUGCGAUCCGGAGCGCCCCGUCUUUUCUUGUAGCGGUGAACGACACCGCCGCGCCGACGGCCGCUGGCAGUGUGGCGUGCGAGUCUGUCAAGGACAGCGUUGCGGACGCCGACAACGACGCCGCUACGGCCUCGGUGACGAUGGUGGCCGGUCCGGACACGCCGAAAGGUUCGGAGCCGCGGUGGCAGUCCACGACGAUGAUUACCCUCGAGGUGGCCCAUGCCGGAGAGGGCUCCACAGGAAAAGGCAAGAAGGAAGUAGCAGGUGCUGCUGCCGCUGACAUGGAGCACACGGAGGGCGGCGCGGUGCUGUGCGACGCCGUGGGUGCAAACAAGUCACUUGUCGAACUGGAUGUUCGCUUCUGCGGCUUCACGCCUGAUGAGGAGAAGGCGAUGAUGGGCGGCGUGCAGCAGCGGGUCUUCCGGUGCAAGAUGGAGACGGCGGUGGCGGGUAAGGAGGCGGAGCAGCUACGUGAGGUGAAGCGGCGCGCAGAGGAGAGGGUGGCGCGCAUGACUGGUCGCGUCGUGUAG